GCUGUUGCUUGCCUCUCAGCACAUCGACAGGUCAGACCUGAGCAUGCAGGGACCGCCACCAACCAUCGUCGAGUGGAUGAUAUUACCGUUUUAUCUGGGGUGAAAUUAAACAGAUGUGGGAUGGCGGACUACAGGACUACAUUCAUGAUUGGUGGAACCUCAUGGAUUUUGUAAUGAACUCCUUGUACUUAGCAACAAUCUCUUUGAAAAUUGUUGCAUUUUCAAAGUAUAGUGGGUUAGUUCCACGGGAGAGCUGGGACAUGUGGCAUCCAACCCUGGUGGCUGAGGCCCUGUUUGCAAUCGCAAACAUCUUUAGCUCCCUGCGCUUGAUCUCAUUAUUCACUGCAAAUUCUCACCUGGGACCUCUGCAGAUAUCUCUAGGAAGAAUGUUGCUGGACAUUUUGAAGUUUCUCUUCAUAUACUGCCUUGUGCUGCUAGCUUUUGCAAAUGGAUUGAACCAGCUGUACUUUUACUAUGAGACAAAUGAACCUGGCAACUGCAAAGGAAUACGAUGUGAAAAGCAGAAUAAUGCAUUUUCAACAUUAUUUGAAACGCUGCAGUCAUUAUUCUGGUCUAUAUUUGGACUCAUCAAUCUCUAUGUGACCAAUGUGAAAGCAAGGCAUGAAUUUACUGAAUUUGUUGGGGCCACCAUGUUUGGUACCUAUAAUGUAAUAUCUCUGGUUGUUCUACUCAACAUGCUAAUAGCCAUGAUGAAUAAUUCUUACCAACUUAUUGCUGAUCAUGCAGACAUUGAGUGGAAGUUUGCUCGAACAAAGCUCUGGAUGAGUUACUUUGAAGAAGGAGGAACUCUGCCCACUCCUUUUAAUGUCAUACCAAGCCCAAAGUCUCUGUGGUAUCUGAUCAAAUGGUUAUGGAGACACCUUUGCAAGAAAAAAAUUAGAAGAAAGCCUGAAAGUUUUGGAACAAUUGGGAGACGUGCAGCUGACAAUUUGAGAAGACAUCAUCAAUACCAGGAAGUUAUGAGAAAUCUGGUUAAGAGGUAUGUUGCAGCAAUGAUAAGAGAUGCCAAAACUGAAGAAGGAUUGACAGAAGAAAAUUUUAAGGAGUUAAAACAAGAUAUUUCCAGCUUUCGCUUUGAAGUCCUGGGUUUGUUGAAAGGAAGCAAGCUGUCUAAUUUGCAGACUGCAAAGAUGAACAAAGACACUGCCUCUCUGUCAGAAAAUGAAGAAAAUAGCGAGAGUGAAGGAAACAAGAAAGGAAAGAAAAAACCCUUCAGCCUUUUUGACAUAACAACGAUGAUUCACCCACGAUCAGCCAAUAUUGCCUCUGAAGGGCAUAAUGUAAGCAAUGGCUCAGCAAUGAUGGUGUCAGAGUCCACUCAGGAGAAACAAAAGCGUGUGAAUUUUGUAACAGACAUAAAAAAUUUUGGGUUGUUUCACAGACGAUCAAAAACAAACUCUGUGGAGCAGAGUACAAAUAAAAUAUACACUGUUUCUGAAGAGGUUUCCCGUCAACAGGCAGAAGAACAAUGUGAGAAAACUGAUGAACUGGAACAGGGAGAGUUGACCAUGAACUGUGAAUUAAAUAUCCAAAAUCCUGACAAAAAAUGUGUGUUAGCUGAUUCACAAAAUAACAGCAACUCUUUGGAUUCACAGGAAGAGGGAAGUAUUUGUAUUUUAGAAACAGAGAAAAUGGAGUUACAGAACUCAGAACCUGCCACACCGCAGGAUCAGCUGGACAAGGCAUUAGAUAUUAGCAUUGACUCUGCUGGAAAACAGGAAACAAUUAUUCAGGGUGACUAUGUGAUAACAAGGUUGUGAUGCUUACAGGAGGAAGCAUUUACAAAUAUAUAUAUUUUGCAUAGUGCUUUUGGGGAGGGGGGAAUGUUUUAAGAAUUAUAUUAGCAAAUGCAGAAUUACACUUUAUAGUACUCAACUGUGGCACUUGAUCUUGUAACAUAAUAGUCAAAAGAAAGAUAAUAUGAGGACCUUCUGUUUUGUAGCCUGCUUUAGCUUUCACGAUUUGUUUUACAUUUUUUAAUAAAUGGAAGCAUCUUGUAUUCUUGUACCGUUGCAAUAACCCACAGAAACUUUUUAGCUAUCUUUUUCAAUUACAACAAAUGCAAUUUCUCUCAUAUGAUAGUUGACUCCUAUGAUAAAUAUUUUUCUAUGCAAAUAAAAAGUAGCUUAAGAGACUUGUAAGCCUUUAUUUAACUUUGUAGGUUCUUAAAAUAUUCUGGGCAUCAUAACAAUCAUACGUGGCUCCUGUCAGCAUAAUUCAUGUCAAGCUAUUAGAAUCUUUUAUUUAAAUUGCUAGAAAUUUAAUUUGUUUCAAAAGCUAUACAGAAUCAAAAGAUAAAUUAUAUUCUUUUAUUUAUUGAAGGAACAUGAAUACCUGUAAAUUAUGAAAGAUUGGUCUAUUUGAUUAUUUAAUUACAGCUUCUCCCUCACAGCAACAGGAGUAUCACUGUCCUGAUACCAUUGCUAGAAAUGCAUUUGCAGGGUUUGAAGACUGUGAAAAGUGUUUCUUGUAGGAAAAAAAUAUCUGUGGUUUGCUAAAAACUGAUGAUGGAUUACUCCCCAGGAAUCCAUAAUCACCACAGUUAUUGCUUCUUCAAUGAUUAAUUUUUCCUAACAUGAACAACCUAUGCACUUUAAUAUUCAGCUGCUUAUUAGCUUUUGCCUUUACAAUACACUUGCAUUUGCUAAGAGAAAGAUACUUCAGGACUAAGCAAGCAUACAAUGAUCCCCUGAGUACCUGGAAAAAUAUGGCAAUUUUUUGAGAAGUUUUAAAAGGCAAGCCUUAAGAGAGUUUCUUUGACAAUUUCAGAAUUUAGGGGAACCUGAUUGGAUGUUUUAUAAAAAAUACCUAAAUGUAUAAAGAAAACCUGAUAGUAUUUUUAAUAACUGAUGAGUGAGUUAUUGUCUUAGUCAAAACCAGUAUUUUUUAAAUUAAACAGUCUGUUUCUUUUUAAUUGUUGACUGGUGUCCUACAUUAUUAAAAAUGUAAUUUUUCAACUGGCCUAAGAAUGACCACCCUCGAACUCUCAUUCUUUUCCUCCCUGAAUAUACCACGUAACUUAACUUCCCUAGCCCUGCCAUGGUAGAUUUUGUAGUUCAUAUUAGCCUGUAUUAAGAAAACUCCAGAUCCAUAGUGUACAUUUACAUUUCAGAUUAAAUCCAUCACAUGUUACUUCCACCUCGUAGGAACUGAUCCAAAGCCAUAUCGUUCUGGAUCUAAACUGUCCUGAUGCUGAACUGAAUUUUGAAAAUCCAGGCAAAUCCCUCUCAUCUCAAUACUUUUAGGUGAGUUUUCCAGCUCUACUUUACACUUGUGCUACUCUCUCUGAGCUCACAUAUUGAAAGCUUUCUUCCUGCAUAUCUGUUUGUGUCAUGGCAGAUACGGUUGAACCAAAGUGGAAAAUAUGAGCUGUAAUUGGAAAAUAGUUUGUAUAGCUUUGCAGCAAUGCGUUCAAACCAUAUUUGAUUCAUUAAUUUCCAUCUUGGCCUCUUGACUGCUCUGUAGACCCCCUCCACGUCUCUCUCCUUGUCCACCUUUAGAUUGUAAGCUCCUCGGGGCAGGGCCUGCAGCUUUUCUGUUUGGAAAGCACCUGAAAUAUUACAAGUAUAAAAAGAAAUAAAUAAUAAGAAGAAUGGUGGAAUACCUUCAUAUCAUUUUUAUUAGGUAAACUCUUAGAGAGUUCUCUCUUCUACUGUGUGCUAAAAAUACCGUAAAGCAAUGGUGUCACAUGUUGUCACAAAGUUUUUUAUAUCCAAGUUAACAGUCAUUCUCCACCACUGAUUUCAGUUUCUCAUUCUUCAUCACGGUUUGUAACACUUUUGAGUCCUAAGCUUACUACCCUUUCACUAGCCCAAGUUCAAAAUAAACAGUGCUUACUCAAAAGGGCUUUCAAUACAUUCCAGCCACAUGGUUUCACUCCAGAUAAAAUGUGCCUGACCAGGGUAUUUGUAAUGCCAACAUCAUCAUUAUCAGAACAAGUUAACUACCACAGGUCUGACCUCUGUGUAUUAUUCUGCCAUCAUUAAAGCCUGUGCCUCCUGUGCAUGAAGUUCCCAACACCAUACAGUUAACCUGAAACAUCAGCCACACCAUCACAUGCCCACCCCACUGUGCUGGGCAUCAGUCUAAGUCUUGGAGUAGAUACAAGACAGAACAGUGAGUACAUCACAGGUGGGAAGGUUACUUAGUCAUAGGGACAUGAGGUUGCAUUGUGUAGCAAUAGGUGGUCAGUCUUCUGCUGCUUUUUUUUUUUAUAGCCGAAUACUGAAAUGUAGGUCUAUUAGAUAAAGCAUACUCAAAAUCAACAUUUGCUCUGUUUUUUGCUGUUCUUAAGCAUCAGAGCUUGACGCCAGUAAGGACUGAUGCCACUCCAUUUAAACUUAAUGGCAACUAAGUACCUCAUUCUGUGAAAUAUAUGAGCCCAAAAUAUAUCCUACAUUGAAAUGGUACUUUUAUUGCUUUGCAGGCAGCCAAAAAAAAUCCCAAACACUUCUCAUUGGAUGCCUCUCAGAGGACAUCUGUGCCAAGAAGGAUUUAGAGGUGCACAGAGCAAGGUUUGUAAUGCCAUGGUAGAGGCAUUAUUAAGCUUAGCAAAACUGAGCAUACUUUCUCCUCAAGAGAAAUAAAAAGUUCAAACCUACCUGUCCCUUCCUGCAGCUCCCAUUAGUGUCAGUAUAGGAGGAACCGGGAUAUAAACGCCUGUGAAAGACAGUCUUUUGAGGCAGAGUUUAAGAUCUUGAAAUGUUUCACAGAGCUAGAAAAUUGACUAAAUAAAAGGUGUUUAAUCGCAAUAUUAGGUUGUUUAGAAUGUUAAGAAAACUUUGUUUAGAACAUUUUUUAAAACUCUGCGUGCUUCAAUGGCCCUCAAGGGCACUGCAGAGGUGAGAGCCAUGCAUCACAGGGUUCAGACUGAAGGGUCCCGUGAGCCAGCUGCAGACCACAACACUAUCUAUAUGUGGUACAAUAUCCCCAGAGAGCAAGCCAGGUAGAUGCCUCUUCAGGGAGGAACCAUGGCUCUGCAGUUGGUUUUAAUCUUGCUUUCUUGGUCCAUAGAUUUGAGACCAUUACAUUGACUGGUGUGAGCUUAACACUUCACACAGCAUUCUUUUUUUUUUUUCACAGGUCAGGAUUUAAUGAGAAAUUCUAUGACUUUCAUAAUUUGAGUUUUUCUGUGAAUAAUUAGUGCCUAGUUACAGGAGAAUGUAUAUCUUCAACAUAGCUAUAGCUGUUGGGAGCUGUAAAAGGUGAAGUUUAUGGUAUUUGGGCACUCAAAAUUCUUCAACAGAAUGUUUGAUACAAGACUGUCUUUCUUAACAGCAUCCUUUGACUAAGCAGAACUCAUGAAAAACUCUUCCACUGCAUGGAAUCAAGGGUUAAUUCAUAAGAGCUUGCAUACUUUCUUCAAUGGAACUGAAAAAGCAAGAGUAGCCCCAGCUAUAUCUGUUUCAUAUGCUCAGCUUUUUAAGAAACCCAAGGCAUUAACAAUAAAAUCAUUCCAUAGAUUUUUAAACAUAGAUUUUUAUAAAAGUUCAUGGUUAAUGAGCAAGAUAAAAUAACCUUCUAGAAAUCCAUGUGUUUCAAUUCAACAGGUUAGUAAAAUGACUUUUUUCUCCUGUAAUAGCAAAUCUUUGCAGAUUGAAAUACUGUAUCCCUAAACUCCACUUGCCACUUAAGAAAAGAACAAAACAAAACCAAACCCUGCAACCCCCAAAAAACCCCACAGAGUUUUCAGAUUUCAGAGAUUCAUGAGGUUUUUUAGUAUAAUUAGUACCCUAAGAACAUCUGAAGGCAUUGAGCUAACCUUUUGUAAAUUCAAUGGACAGCACAGACUGAUCCUUAAGUGUGGCCAAGUGAGAAUAGUAACUUCAAAAUAACUCUAUCUGGUUAAUGAUUAAGCCUUUUAGUCUACAGAAUAGAGUUUACAAGUCAGGAGAUGCAUGCAUCACCAUUUUCUGAGUCAACAUGUCUCAAAUAAGUAUUCAAGCACAUUCAGAGAAACUCAUAAAGUCCUACACAAUUGUUCAUUUCUGCAGUAAUUUUCAUUCAUUUUUACUCCUCUAUUCUUCCCUAUCUGAUGUUUUGUUUUUACAGAGAAUGUGUUACUUCUCUAAUAAAGAUAAAUAUCUUACA